ACAAAUGGAUUGUAGAAAAUUUGAAAUAAUUCUAAUAUCAGCAAGCGAUCUUGAAGAUGUUCGUAAGCUAUUCAAGAUGAAAGUUCAUGCUAGGGUUUCCAUAGGUAGCAACCCGAACACCGAAAAACGGACCCCAACGGACAAGCAUGGGGAGAUAAAUCCAGCAUGGAACUUUAGUAUGAAGUAUACAAUCUCAGAGUGGAUGAUUCAGUAUCCAAAUGACAUGUUAGUGAUUAAGUUAUACUGCAAGAGGAAGCUCGGAGAUCGAUAUAUCGGUGAAGUUCAUAUGUCUAUGAAGGAGCUAUACGAGUAUUCGUAUGCUAGUGGAGGUAGUGCUAUCAUGAAUUGUCCUGUACGUAAAGGUUCUGCUCAAUCUCAAGGUGUUUUGAGGUUUUCGUAUAGGUUUGGUGAAAGAGUUACCAUUGAUAAGUUAGUCUUGGCUGAGAGCAUUGCUGGUUGGAGUAUGUGUUAA